AUGAACCCCGACGAACAUCCGCACGAUCAGACCCCUCCCUCUGAAUUCCCUCCAUACUUGGAACAGUCCGGUCUCUUCCAAGUGUCUUACACGUCUAUGCCAGUGGAAGUAACAGCCUCUAGUUCCUUUCAACCAGCCGAGGUGCUCUUUACUCGCCAGGGUCAUCAGAUCCAUCUACCAUCUCCGGUUUCCUCGACACCGCCUACUACUCCAGACUAUGAGCAGCUGGAUACAUUGUUUGCGACGAGUAGCGUACGGCAAUUACCAUGGAGUAUUCGCUCGCUGGCUAACAAUGGUUACCGACUCCUUCACCAGCCAGGACCCUACCCACGUCCAAACGCUAUUCAUCGCGCACACUCAUCACCUCCGAUUCGCGGACAUGUUGCACCAUGCGAGGUUCGAAUCCGAAACAAUACCCCGAACAACCCAACCUCCCACUCCCAACCUCCGAUACUCCAGAUGCACUCUUUACACUCGAUACCCCCAUCUUCACACUCAAAUGCACCGUCGUGGCCCCCGCCACCAGGAUCCGCGCACGUCAUGACAAGUAUGCAUCCUUCACCGCCGAUAGGCCCCUCGACAGACUUUGCCGUACAAGUUCCCUCAUCGCAUCCCUCGCACUCUCAAUCACCACUGUCACCGGAACCGCAGAGUGACGUAGAACAGUUCAUCCGCGAUUCCUUCCCCGAGGGUACAUUCGACUACGAGCGCAAACAAGGAUGGCUGCGCGAAAUUAUGUACUCUCCGUGGAAACUGAACAACCACGAGGAACCUUUGCAGGAUCUUCUACUCCGUUUCGCUUCGCAAAAACUCCAGGCCGGGAAAAACACACCAGUUUGGGAAUGCACGUUUUACGUCGACGGCAGAAUAUGUGAAAAUUCGUCUACAGAGCGUCAGAGACAGGCCAUCGAACAUGUCCGGCGACAUAUCAAACUAGAGCCCUUUGCGUGCGCUCCAUUGCCAUGCCCUGGUCAUCCCAACGGUUGCGACAAACGUUACUCGUCGCAAGAUGUGCUCAAGAAGCACAGGACUGGUAAAGUAGUCUGCGACAAAUGGCAAGUGCACGAAGCGCGAGAGUAUCUUGUCUAA